AUGGUUAAAAAUGACAUUAAAGUUUACGCUCGCCUUAAGCCUGAGUGGUUUCAAAAAAACAUCACUAAUCAUGAAGUCUAUCAUCGACCGAAAGGACGUAAGGAUGAGGAUUUUUUAAUUUUAACCUCCCCACAGAGAAUUUGCAAUGAAUAUAUUGAUAAUCGACCCGAAUCUUGGAAUUUUUCAUUUUAUAAACUUUUUGAAGAAACCACGAAGCAAGAAGUUAUUUUUGACGAAGUUGCCAAACCAGUGGUUCAUAGUGUUCUUGAUGGUUACAAUGGAACGAUUUUUGCCUAUGGUCAGACCGGAAGUGGAAAGACUUACACGAUUACUGGCGAGCAUAAUAAUUACGAUUUGAGAGGAAUAUUGCCCCGGACUUUGCAGUAUUUAUUCAGUCAAGUUAAGAAGCAAACAGAAAAUCUCUAUUCCAUUGAAAUCUCUUAUCUGGAAAUUUACAAUGAAAAUGGUUACGAUUUACUUAAUAGAAAACAAGAAUGGAGUUUAGCAACAAAAAUAGAAGAUUUGCCGAGAGUUACCAUUCAGGAAGACGAGACGGGUACAUUGCACUUAAAGAACUUGAGCUUCUGGCCAGUCACAAAUGAAAAGGAUGCGCUUGAUUUACUCUUCAUUGGAGAUACAAACCGCGUUGUUUCGGAGACACCAAUGAAUCCAAUGUCAUCCAGAUCCCAUUGUAUAUUCACAAUUAUCGUAUCAAUGAAGAAAAUAGGUUCGAAUCGCUGCAGCAGAGCCAAAAUGCAUCUAGUGGAUCUCGCAGGAUCUGAGCGUGUGUACAAAUGCGCUAUUACGGGAACUAUUUUAACCGAGGCGAAGCACAUUAAUUUGAGUCUGCAUUACCUGGAGCAAGUCAUAGUUUGCCUGGGUCAACAGAAUGCGAAUCACAUUCCCUACAGAAAUUCUUUACUCACUGCCAUUCUUAGGGACAGUCUCGGCGGAAAUUGUCUGACAACCAUGUUAGCUACACUCAGUCUCUCAAUACACAACUUGGAGGAAACAGUAUCAACUUGUAGAUUUGCGCAGAGAGUUGCUCUCGUCGAAAAUGAUGUAAAUUUAUCCAUGCAACAUGAUGUUAAUAGUGAAAAUACUCUCUUGAAAAUGGAAAAUUUACAGUUGAAAAAACAAAUUGAGAUACUUAAAAAUCAAUUGACCCCUCGAGAAUUGAAUGCAGAAGAUAAAGAAUAUUUAGAUAAAUCCUUGGAAGAGUUUCUUGAAAACGAUGGAAAUUUUAAGUACACAAAUGAUCCUCAAAAAUUGCAAUACUGUCUUGAAAUUUUAAAAGGGAAAUUUGAAUUACAUAAUUUCGAAAAUGGCACCAAAACGAUUUGUUCACAGAGUUCGGAAUACUAUAAGAAUUUAAUUCUCCAAAGAGACAAAGAAAUCUCUUUGUUAAUUAACAUGCUAAAAAAGGAAAAGAAAAAAUUUUCAAGACAAAAAUUGCCAAAAGAUAUAUUUCAAGGAACUUCAGUUGUGACUAAUAAUAACUUCGAGCCAAAACAAAUAAGUGAGGAAAUGCCAAAUUUUGAAAAUAAUCUAAUAACAUUAACUCCACAAGAUGUGCGACAAUUAAAAAAUCUAAUUUCCAUGUAUAAUGGUCACAUUUUAAGUUAUCACCAGUCAUUGGUUAGUGAUAAACAUAAAGCUAAAGUAUCGUCUGAACAAGAUUUUGCCUCUAGGGGAAAAUUCGUUAACAAUAAACGAGAAAAUCUAUUUCAAAAUGUAGAUUCCAUUGGAAAAACUGUUUUGGAAAACAAAUUGAAAACUCCUGAAAAUUGUGACACUUUGAAUAUUGAUCCAUCAUUAAUUAAAUCGAAUUAUAAUACUAAUAGUAAUAAUAGUAGAUCGUUGGAGAAAAUAAAUUCACCAAGAACUGAACAAUUAUCGGUUUCAACUCAGGGAACUUGUGGUAAUUCGGAAAACAGUAGGUCGGUUAAAAAUAAUCGUCGACCUGAAUUGACGACGCUAAAUUUAUAUCAGAUUGUAAAGGAAGAUCUUCGAAAUGAUGAGAUAAAUUGUGGAAAAUUGAAGAAACGUGGUUCGAAACGUUCUUUUAGAGAGGAGAAAAAGAAAUCGAAAAGUUCGAGUAAAUUUAGUUUAGUAUCGAAAUCUUCAUCGAAGGAAUCAAUUUUUGUUGAAAGCAAAAAUUUGGAUUUGGAGACUUUAGUCAAUAGUCAGGAUGCUGCAGGAGGGAAAAAUUGUAUGGUGGCAAAUGAUAAUACUCUUGGGAGAGUAAUUCAAGGAGGUGGUGAUGCUGAAACAAUUAUGAGUAGAUCAAAAGAUUUCAUCAGUCUGGAAAAUGGAGAGUCAUUGCAAAAUCAUAUUGACGUCGCAAAAGAUCAAAGUCUUGGAUCUUCUCGCAAACUUGAAAGUUCACAAUUCACAUCAAGUGUGAAAAGUGAAGCUCAUUCUGCGAACGUUACCAGAUUAUUGGAACUUUCAAAAAAACCAAUUUGCAUAAACAACUCCGCAUGUCAUUCGCCCAGUAACUCAAACAUUGAGUUUCUAAAUUCUUCAAAAAGGGAAAUUUCAUCUUCCUCUUCAUCUUCAUCUUCUUUUUCAUCGCCGCCUUCUUGUUCUACAGAAAAAAAUUCCACUGAUUUAAUGCACAAAUUCCAGGCAAACAUUAUUGACUCGAGAAUUCCUCUGAAAUCGUUUAAUUCACCACGACAAAAAGUAUCGUCUUUCAUUUCACUUGACAAUGGAAAUGCAAUAAAUAUCGAACGCUCGGCAAAAGAAUUAGAGGAGAAAUUAUUAGCGAAAAAUGAUGAUAAUUUAGAGGAAGAAUUAAUUAAGUUGACGGAAAACUUUUCUUCGUUGAGUAAUAGAAGUUGUUUUUAUGCUGAAGAAAAAGAGGAAGUUUUUGAUUUUGACAAAUCUUUACCACUUAGUGGUGAUCCUGAUAUUGAUGAAGAAAUAAUUGCAUUUUAUAAAGCUAAACGUACAGGUGAAAAUUACUAG